GAACUCCCAGCAGCCACAUGUCUAACUCCUCCGCCUGAUCAAUCCAUUUGUCAACCCGAAGAUGCCGAAGUGGCAUCCCUCAACUGCGGAGCUCCAGAAGUUCAAGACGCCAAUAUCCAAACCGAUACCCCCAUCAUGAGUGAAGACGACAACACUGUGGAAACUGACGAAGUUCCUCACCAACAAGACGCCUCUACGCUUACACUACCGACGAACCCGUCGGACGAGGUGCCCUUCCCUGAAACGUUCGUCCCUCAGUCCACCAUCAUACCAACCGAAAUGCUGUGCCAUAGCAUCAUUAAUAACAGCGGUGACUCCGCCAUCGAACCGGACAUGUCCACUCACUCGUCGUCCGGUGCUAGCCUAAACCUUAGCAAUACCAGUAGUACAAACUGUGAUCAAACGGAAAUGGAACCGGAAGACCACGUAAAUACUUCCGCUCCUUGCUCCGUACUCCCCGAGACUCAACCACUCACCGUCAACGCCAACUGUGGCCUGCGGAUACCGAAGCUCGAAAUGCUCUCCCCUGUCGAACCCCCAAUGCCCCCAGAACCCGAAGAGUACCAUCCUGACCCCACCGGUCCCAGCCAGCAGGAUCAUCCCGUGGACCUAAGCGGACUCGAACUACUCUCGCGAAGCAUAGAAGUCUUCCAGAAAAAAGCUUCCAUGAUCAAAAAAGAACCCAUCUCCCCGCAACUUCCACCAGACCCUCCGCAGCUUCUUCCAGUCGCUCCACUCAUCCCGACCCACCCAGUAUCCGAUCCACAACCCUCAGAACCAACGCAUCCCGCCAUUCCUCCGCCAGUGGCUGACGCCUUUAUCCGCAACGACGAGCCCAUGGUUGGCCUGAACCUGCUUUGCGCCCUAGCCGAGCAGCGCUUCCAGGAGGAAGGCAUGUUUAAGAAGGAUUCUCCUGCCGUCACUCACUUCUCACCUUCUCUGUCACCAUCGGAUGAAAAACACGACCAAUCCGUCGAGUCUUCAUCCCCAUCUCAGGCUCCGCUAGCGGCGGCUAGCCCGGAAAUCCCGUCGCGGAAGCGCAAGCACAAGCAUUCCAAAGAUUCGCGGAAAUCCAGCAAAAAGUCCAAGCACGAUAAAGAGCAACGGCGAGAACGCAAGCGGAAGCAUAGCUCCGAUGCGGCGAACGAGGAAGACGAACUCGACGGCGAACUAAAGCAGAGCUUUUCGCGAAUCAAGGCCAAACUGGAGAAGUGCAGUUGUAAAGACGCGGAUGAAAAGGAUCACCGUUGUGCUGGAAAAACCACGUGGCCAUCGACAGCCAACGAACUGUUUAGUGUGAUCGAACACGACAUGAAGGAGAGGCUAGUGAACAUUACAAGGCAAUGCGAGGAGAAGAAACGAGAAUUGGAGCAGAUGAACUCGACGUCGGUUGCUAAAGUCAAACCACUGACAGCGAUGGUGCGAAUACCGGACAUAGGGAAGUCGUACUUUGGCGGGUUCAACCCCAGCCCCAGUGGAUUAAUGAACGGAAGUUCUGGCAGUGGAGCUGUUAGUAAUGGAGUACCAGCACCAACGCUGAUAGCGCCGAAGCUUAGCACAAUUCCGGCGCUAUCGCCGAAUUUCUCAUCCUCAUCCAACUCAACGACCUUCGUUGAGUUGCCAAAGCUCAGCUCAGACACCGAUUCCAGCAAAUUGGAAGACGUGGACUCAUGUUCCAUCGAGAGGCUAUCAUUUUCGAAACGCAAGGGAGGAAUUCCCAAGAAACAUGACGAUAUUGCCCUGACGGAAACGAUCGUCGCCAAGAAACCCAAGAGCCUUGUUGGAUACAUUCUGGCGUCGAAGAACCGCAUGGGAGAUAGCAACGUCAAAGAAUCUGGUCAUCACAAAUCAUCGCAACAUCAUCAUCACUACCACCAUCACCGUCAAAGUGCCGGAGCGGCGACAGCUAUAAGCAGUAAGCAACAACAGGGAGAGGUCAAACAGAAGAAGUCUCCGAUCCAUUCGUCUAAGUUCGAGAGCACCACAAGCGAUGACACCAGUAACUUAUCCGACAGCUCUACCAAGGCGCAAGUCAAGAUCAAAUCGCCUGCCUUCAGCUUUGAGGAUGAGAACAGCAAGCCAUCGGAUGCAGCCUUCUCGAUCUUUGGAGGCAAACCUUCGAUCUUCGACAAGGUGAAAACAUCACCGAUGAGCAGUGCUUCGAUGAACGCACUGAAAUUGUCCCCGGUACAAGCAGUGGUUAUCCCGCUGAAGCACCAUCACUCCAAGCAUAAGAAAUCGCGCAGCAAGGAGCGUAAACGGCGCAGCUCCGAGAAGAAGCGAAUCGAUCAAAAGUGUCUGCUCACAAGCGACUAUCUGAACCAAAAUAAGACCCGGGUGUUGACUGCCAUGGGAGGUCUGUUCUACGCUGGAUGCUUAAGUGCAGUUCAGCCACCGGAUAUCUACGCCGUAACGCUAGACGGCGAACGUGGAAACAGACCACAUAUUAUGUCGCGGGAAGAAGUGCUCCGUGAUGCGAUUCUGGAAGUUGCCCCGAAAACGGUCGACGAGAUCAUUCCAGGAACUCGGCUCUGCGCUUACUGGAGUCAGCAAUAUCGGUGUCUAUACCCAGGAGUUGCGGCUGAACCAACAUCCCCGGAUCCAGAGAAGCGAUACGUCAACGUGGAAUUCGACGACGGCGACAGCGGAAGGAUCGCCCUGGAAGACAUCCGAUUCCUGCUCAGCGAUUACCCGAUAGUCGGCAAGAGAAAGCGCCAGCCAAGCAUUUCGGAAGUGGGUACCGCAGGUACAACCACGACCGGAACGACAGCUAGCGCUCCAUUGGCAGCCACCGCCACUACCAGUAGUACAACGACGACGAUAACCACGACCAACUGCUUUGCGGUGGUCAGUGAUCGAACGGACAAGCGAGUUCACGACGACGCUUACCGAGAAGAACGUCGCCGGUUGAAGAAGAUCCGCAAGGACAAACUUCGCCGGUUAGCAGCCAACAAUGCCGAGCUGUCGACGCACAAGCAUAAGAAGAAGUCCAAGUGCUACGACGAGUACUGCAAACAUCGGAAGCAUAAGAAGCGGAGAAAGCACAAGAAGCACCACCGGGAGCACGACGUGCCGUCUUCUCCGGACCAGGCGGCCGCCGGUUCGAUGGACGAUGACAUAUCGCAUGAGGACAGCGCAUCCCAAAUGGCAGGACCGUUCAGCCCGGCAUCGGUUGGAGACGUUCCCGCAUCGGAGGACAAGACCGACGAGAAGGAAGUGUUCAAUCCCAGCCUGAAGGAAGAUACGAUGACCGAAAACGAGGAAGCGAGUUCGUCGAUCACAGAAAGUUCCGGGUCGUAUUAUCAACCCAAGAAGUCGGCGGCAGAAAAGUCCGACAAACGGCAAUCGACGGAGAACAAUAGCAAAAUUGCGGCGUUCUUACCGGCCCGGCAAUUGUGGGCUUGGUGCGGCAAGGGUUACCGGCGUUCGACGGGUCGUGUUAAGAAGCAAUUCUACAAGUCAAUUCAGCGCGGCAAGGAAACGAUUUCGGUCGGCGACAGUGCCGUUUUCCUGUCCACCGGUCGUCCCGAUCGGCCCUACAUCGGUCACAUCGAGUCCAUGUGGGAAACUUCCACCAACAACAUGGUGGUCCGCGUCAAAUGGUUCUACCAUCCGGAAGAAACCGAAGGAUGUCCAAAUCUGAAAUAUCCGGGUGCCCUCUUCCAAUCGCCGCACGAGGAUGAAAACGAUGUCCAAACGAUUUCGCACAAGUGUGAAGUGCUCGCCCUCAAGGAGUACACGGCCAAGUUUGGGGCCGACCCGAAGCAGUACAGUGCCAUCUACGACAACAACGAUACGUAUUAUCUGGCCGGAUACUACGACCCGACGGUGAUGACCAUCAAGAUGCAGCCGGAAAUCGAAGUGCUACCGGGCGAGGAGAAGUGGGUUAAAACCGAUUAGACGUUGAUAGGGUUGAACAGUUGAAGAAACCCCUGGCUAUAGGAGCACGGUGUGCAAUGUUAAAGGUACUCCUUAGUGAGACAGCAAUACUUAUUGAAUGAGACGUCGGCAGUGCCGACUGUUUGCAAAAAGACUUCUAAACAGAGUUGUUGAACUUGUUUCAAAGACUUGAAUUCGCUAGCAUUAGACGUAGGAGCUAGACGUUUCCGGGAUGGCCGGAUAGCUAUACGGAAUCAUGUGAACUAGUGUCACUUUAUGAAAGUGUUUUAGAAUUAGAAUGUACAGUUUAAAUCUUUGAGAUUCUUCGUAGACAUGUAAAUUGCUGUAAAUAGAUUUGAAUUAAACUAAUAUUGAUGUUUAUGCUCUUAAUAAAAACUGGAUUACAAUAUCAGUAGUAGUAAGCAGAAAAUAUAUUUUUCUACAUGGAGAGAUUUUAACGCUUAUCGUGGAUAUAUAUCAAGCGAGUCAAAAGAAUUCAAAAGAGAGCUUUUUGGAAAUGAAAUUUGAUAUACCUCUGCUAUACAUUGCAUCAGCGAACAAAAACAACAUUUUGGAGUGAUAUUAGAACAACAAAAUUAAGCUACAGAACUAUCUAAACAUGUCUAAAGUAUUGCCAAAAUUUGUCGUCAUUGUUUGGGUUAGGUUUGUUUAAAUGUACAGCAGGGGUGCCAACCAAAUUCAAAAUUCAAUUUUGCGCGCAAAUAGAUUUGCUGAAAUACGCAACGGUUACAUACAGAAGCCUACUUAAAUAAAGUACUUUCAACUUGAUCUCUUAAACACACACUAAUUGGUACAAUAAAAUCCGUUUUAAGCAAAUACUCUAGUAUUAAAAAUGACAAUUGUUGAUGAAUCUACAUACGUAGCAGGAUAGAGAAACAAUCGGCACUACACUCAAUAGCAUGGGCUAAUUUAUUCAAACUAGACUAAAACAAACGAAAAACAACCGUAGUGAAUCAAAAUGCUCUUAAAAAUACGGAUUCCGACAGUUUUAAAACUCUGCAUUCGUUGACUACUGAAUGAUUACAAAUUGACGAAUUGCAUUUGAAAGCGACAAACACGAAACCCAGUGGCAAACAAUUACAGUUUUACGUUGUUUCAGUGUAAAUAUAAAAUUUAGUGCAAAUUAUCAAGCACACACACAAUGUUUAUAGAAAGUGAAGAAAAACUCGACGAGCUUCAAAACGCUAUACUACAAGUUUAGCUCCUGUACCAUCCUCCCCUUUCCCCUCUUUUUCCAGUACGGAUUUGUUGAGUUAAAAAUGUUCUAGCGCUAAUUUAAGGUGUACACUAAUUUAUGCAAUUGAUGAAUUUUCUUCGCCGCAAAACGAUUAUCAUUACUAUUAUUAUUAUGAUUAGCGUUCAAAUUAAAUGUGUAAUAUUAUACUAGCUGUGUAGUAUGGACCUACUCAUGCAAAACAAAUAUCGGAAAUCAAAAAACAAACUGUACGUGGUUAGUGAGCGGAUUGCUCGAGUGAGAAAUUGAAAGAGCGAGAGAGAAAGAGAAGGCAAGAUUUAGCAUUUACAAGCGAUUGACGCGAAUGAAUGAAGGAGAAAGCGAGCGAACGUUUAGUUUUUAAGUGGUAUGAUUUAUCCCGUGAAUGUAUGUGUAACGUAAAGGUAAUAAAAAUCAUUCUUAAAAUUGGAA